UUGAGUUUUUUGCGAGAUGAAAUUCUACCAAAUGUUACUGAGGGUAAUUUAAGCAGCACUGAAACAAGUAAUCAGAUAAGUAAAGAUUCUAUUGCGAUAGAAGACAUCUCUGUAGAAAAUUCUCAAGAAAAUACAACCGGUCGUGAUGAAGAAGCUUCUAUUCAUCCACAACAAGCUUCUACAUCCUCACAAGGAGCUUCUAUAUCUUCACAAGAAUCUACAUCAUCGCAAGAAGCUUCUACACCUUCAAGAGAAGCUUCUACUUCACAACGGUCAAGGAAAAAGAAAACAGCGAAUGACAUAAGGACUGAAUUUUUAGAAUUGGAAAAGAAAAGGAUAAGACUGUUGGAAAAUGAUUUAUCAAAUCAAAGUAGAAACGAGACUUCUAGACAUGAAAAUAAGUCAGACGACUACUACUUUUUUAUGAGUUUGCUUCCACAAAUGGAAAAAUUCACGCCAGUACAAAAGUAUAGAGUGAGACAAAAAAUUAAUCAAGCUCUUCUAGACGAGAUAAGUGUAAAUGAAGAAAUGUACCCUUCUAAUGAAUAA